UGGCGCUUAUCAUGUGUCAUUUUCGUCCAAUCCAGUAAUGGAAAAUGUAGUUUUCAAAACUUGAACUGUAUAAUAUCAAGAGUAGAAAGUUUGACUUCUCCAGAUAACCAAUUGCAUAAAGGGAGAGAUCAUCAACAAUCCAAAAUGGGCGAUGACAGUGAAUGGAUGAAACUUCCUACAGAGGAAAAAGUCCAGCACAAGGUGUGGAAAGCUCGAAUGGCUGGGUAUGAGGAAGCCAGUAAACUUUUCAGUUCUAUCACUGAUGAAAAAUCACCAGAGUUUACCAAAUAUGCCGGCUUAUUGAAGAAAUUUGUAACAGAUACCAAUGCCUUUGCUCAAGAUAAGGCACUGGAUGCAGUUAUGGCAUUUAUAGAAAAUGCCAGUGUAGCUGGAAGGGUGUGCCAAGAUGUUGUCCAGGGAGUGAUCACCAAGUGUUUUAAUGCCAGCAAACAGAAAACCAAAGAAAAGGGAAUUGAGAUACUGAUGUUGUACAUAGAAAUAGAGAAACAAGACGUAGUACAGGAAUGUUUAAUGGCAGGGCUAGACAAUAAACAACCAAAGAUUGUGAUUACCACCAUUCAGACAAUGCGUAUAGCACUCAGGAACUUUGGAAAUAAAAUCAUGCCCAUUAAACCUCUUGUACCAAAGUUACCCAAACUUUUGGAGGACCGAGAUAAAAAUGUGAGAGAAGAAGCCAAAUCAUUGAUUAUAGAAAUCUACAGAUGGAUAAAGCAAGCCAUCAAACCACAGAUGUCCAACUUCAAUCCCAUACAGGUAUCAGAACUGGAGGACGAGUUUGAGAAGAUUGGAAAUGAGAAGCCUCAGCAGCAAAGGUUUCUGCGCUCACAGCAAGAUCUAAAGGCCAAAAUGGAGGAACAAGUAGCCUCUGGAGGAAGUGGGGAGGUGGCCGAAGAAGAGGCUGAGGAUGAGGUGGAUGCAUAUGAACUCUUGUCGGCUGUGGAUAUUCUGUCCUUGUUACCUAAAGAUUUCUAUGACAAACUCGAGGCUAAAAAGUGGCAGGAAAGAAAGGAAAGCCUGGAGGCACUAGAUAAACUAGCAAGUAAUCCAAAACUGGAAGGUGGAGAUUAUGGGCAGCUUGUCAGAGCUCUACAUAAGGUCAUCGCCAAGGAUACCAACGUCAUGUUGGUGGCUCUGGGUGGAAAAUGUUUGGCAGGAAUCGCUAAAGGAUUACGCAAAAAGUUCACUCCGUAUGCCGUCAGUACUGUGCAAUGUAUCCUGGAGAAAUUCAAGGAGAAGAAACAGAUGGUUGUGGUGCCCCUGCGGGAGUGUAUAGAUGCUGCCUAUCCAUGGAUUACAUUGGAAUCUGUACAAGAAGACAUAGUGGCUGCUCUGGAUAAUAAGAAUCCCUCCAUGAAAGCUGAAACAGCCAGUUUUCUGGCCAGGUGCUUUUCCAAAAGUACCAUGAGUACACUGCCCAAAAAACUACUGAAGGUGUUCUGUACAAGUCUAAUGAAGACUGUAUCGGACACAACACUGGAGGUUAGAGAGGCGUCCUUCCUAGCUAUUGGCACUGCAAUGAAGGUUGUGUCUGAGAAACAUAUGAUGCCCUUCCUGGUGGAUGUGGAUAGCAUUAAAAUGCAAAAGAUUAAAGAAUGUUGUGAUUCUGUUGUGUUACUAAACAUGAAAGGAGAGCCAAGAUCAGGACAGGCAGCUAGCAAACCAGCUGACAAUCAGCCCAAACCAGUUCAGAGACCAGCCACAGCUGCCACAGCAGCUGCCAAGGCCCCUGGUUCACGUCCCUCUACAGCGCCGUCAGGUGGGAAAAAGGCUGCAGGAGGAGCAUCAAAGAAAGCAGCAGGGAAAGGCAAAGGAUCAAAGAAAGGAUCUGCGGGUGGAUCCAAGGAUGAAAUCACGGAACCUAUACUAUCGGAUGAGGCUGUAGAUGAGAAAGCAGAAGCUUUGUUUACUGCGGAUGUCCUGAAGCAACUCGUCAGUGCCAACUGGAAGGAGAGGCUGGAUGCGAUUCAAAAAGUCACAGAAAUUGUGAAGGGCACAAGUAAGGAGGAGUUGAAGACACAGGUGGUGGUGAGGACUGUCGCCAAAAAACCAGGUCUGAAGGAUAACAACUUUCAGGUGCUGAAGGUUAAGGUGGAGUUGAUUGCACAUCUGGGCAAAAAUACUGUGUUCACCAAAAUGUCUGCUGGAUUUGUACUUGCUGACCUUGUGGACAAAAUUGGAGAUGUGAAGAACGGUGCUGCUGUGCGAGAAGCCCUUAGUUGUAUAGCUGAGGCUUGUUCUAUGGAGUUUGUCGGCAAAGAGGUGAUCACAUUGGCUUUUGAGCAGAAGAAUCCAAAGAAUCAGUUGGAAUCCCUCAACUGGCUGUCUUCUGCCAUUAAAGAGUUUGGUCUGAAAAUAAAUGUGAAGUUGCUGAUUGAAAAUAUAAAGAAAUCAUUUGCUCACACAAAUCCUGCUGUGAGGUCUGCUGGGAUCAGCUUGUGUGGUAUCAUCUACAUGUACAUGGGUCAGAACUUCAGGGUCAUGUUUGAAACAGAAAAACCAGCACUUCUAAAAGAAUUAGAUGCAGAAAUAGAAAAGGUGAAGGGAGAGAAGCCCCCAGCCCCAACCAGAGGUGUCGCCCCAGGAGGCGAUGCAAAUGAGGAAGAUGAUGCAGAUGGUGCAGACCAAGACGACAAAGAUGAUGACAAAAUAGUUGACUCAUUGCCAAGGACUGACAUCAGUGAGAGGAUUACUCCAGAGCUGGUCAAUGAGUUGGCAGACAAGAAUUGGAAGAUACGGAAGGAGGCACUGGAGAAAAUAGAGACUAUUCUAAAGGAAGCCCCAUUUGUGUCUGCAAGUCUAGGACCUCUGCCAGAGGCUCUCAAACUGAGACUGAAUGACAAUAACAAAAUUCUGAUUGGUACCACCCUUGGAAUCUGUUCCUCACUGGGUACAAAGCUGGGGCCCCACUGUAAAGCGCACAUCCGAGUGAUCGGACCAGCCCUCAUCAGCUGUUUUGGAGACAGUAAACCUAACCUGAGAGUGUCCGCCGUGUCGACACUGAAUGUGUGGAUGGAGAACUGUAAUCUGGUGCCUCUCGUGGAACAGGAGACUCUGAGUGACGCACUGAAAUUGGAGAACCCUAAUCUCAGACAGGAGUUGCUGGGGUGGCUGAGUGAAAAGUUGCCGAAUCACAAACCUCUUCCUUCAGAGUUUAAGCUUUGUAUUCCCCACCUGUUGUCAUGUCUGGAGGAUCGUAAUGCAGAGGUCCGCAAAAAGGCUCAGGAUGCUGUUGUUCCCUUCAUGAUUCACACCGGAUAUGACUCCGUCUUCAGAGCUUGUUCCAAACUCAAGCCUGCAUCCAAAGAUCAGAUAAUGGCAAUUAUUGAGAAAGCCAAGGCCAAUCUGCCUGCCAAACCAACAAAGGCCAAGAAAGCCACUUCAAGCAAGGCUGCUGCUGCCCCGGUGGUGAUGGAUGAUAUGGAGGAUGAGAUUAAAGCCCCCAGCAGGCCACUGUCUACAGCCUCAUCCGAGGGAGGGGCAGAGACCAAAACAGAGAGCAAGGCAAAGAUAGGCAAAGGGAAGGCCAAAGCUCCUCCAGCAGCUACAAGCAAGAAAAAGAAAGAGGAAGACACUAGUCCACCCAUGAACCUUACAGUCCCUAAAGAGAAGAGAUUCAAGGACGAAAAGAGUCUCAAGAUUCUGAAGUGGAACUUUAUUCAGCUGACUGGGGAGUAUACCGAGCAGCUAACACUGCAGAUGGAGAAGAACUUCAGUAAGGGCAUGAUGGAGAUGAUGUACAAUGUGGACUUCAAACAGCAUAUCAAGGCUAUAGAGAUUCUUAUAAAGAGCCUUGAUUCUCUAAGAGAUGAGACUGUGGGUAAUCUGGACUUAAUCUUGAAGUGGUUCACUGUUCGUUUUCUGGAUACCAACCCCAGUAUGCUGAACAAAGCUUUGGAAUACCUAAGGAGAGCUUUCACAAUGCUGGUGGACAUGGACUACAGCCUGCAUGAAUACGAGGCCUGCUCCUUCAUCCCAUACUUCAUCGUCAAGGUUGGAGAUGCAAAAGACAAUGUCAGAAAGGAUGUUAGGGGCAUUAUAAAGAUUCUGUACAAGCUUUAUCCAGUCAGCAAGAUCUUUGUCUUCCUCAUGGACGGCAUUAAAUCCAAAAACUCCAAACAAAGGAUGGAAUGCAUAGAGGAGCUUGGGAAUUUAAUAGAGUCCUAUGGUAUAUCUGUAUGCCAGCCUAGUCCUGGAGUAGCUGUGAAAAACAUUGCUGGUCAGAUUGGUGACCGAGAUAACGGAGUGAGGAAUGCAGCGCUGAAUGCUGCGGUCCAGGCCUACAUGGAAGUGGGGGAGAACCAGUUUUAUAAAUUAACUGGAAAUCUAAAUGACAAAGACCAGAGCCUUCUUGAUGAGAGAAUUAAAAGAUCAUUAAAAAAUAAACCUGCUCCAAAAGCUAAGGAGGAAGAACGGCCAAAAACAGCACCUACACAACCCCAGCGAUCUGCCUCUCAGUCGCAGAUCCAGAGGCCAACCUCUGCUUUACCGAAGUCUGCAUCCUCCAGCUCGAUGAAGAAGACCUACCUCACAGACUUUGAGUAUGAGAAAACUCAGAUGGAGAUGCCGGAACUGAAACAGUUUGAUCUUGAUGAAAUCUUCCAGCCAGUAAAAUUGCCCAAAAUAAAUCGUGCUAGGGACCCCUCACCAAUGACACGAGUAAGCCCAGCAGACGCCUCAGCUACUAUAGGAGUAGUUAUUGCUCAGAUCACAAGCACAGACAUCUUAACAUGUAUCCAGGCUCUUGCUCAGAUUGAUGAGCUGUUGAAGGAUGAGGAACAUGCUCGACUACUUGGCAGCCAUAUGGAUCAAUUGAUGCUGCACAUCUCCAUGCAGUUUAGGAUGACUCUUUCGACACACAUAAACAAUGAAGAUGUUGCUAAAGAGGAAGUGAUCAGACUGUGCAGGUGUCAGCUGGGAACACUGCUCGCUCUGACUCAGAAACCUUUCCUAGCCACGAAGACAUCCAAGGACAUCUUAAAAGAUCUGUUCAACAGCUUGAUAACAAUCCUACUGGAUCAGCGCCUGAGUCUGCUUCACGACGGGCCACAGGUGGUCCGGUCUGUCAAUGUGAUGAUCGUUAAAAUCAUGGAGAAGUCGGACUACACCAGCACUACGUGUGCUCUCAUCAAAUCACUGCAGGAAAGCGUUGCCAGUGAGACGUGCUCACCCAAGUUUUUGGACCUUAUCAUGAAGUGUAUCUGGAAGAUGAUUAAAAUGAUCCCAGAGAUCAUCAAUGACCUUGCGGUGGACCGAAUCCUUUUAGAGACCCAUUUGUUCCUGAGGAACUUCCCAACCAGUACCUGGAAGAACCGCACUAGUGACCUGCCCCUGCGAACCAUUAAAACUGUGAUACAUACACUCGCCAUGCUGAAAGGUGCCAAGAUUCUGGGACAAUUAAAUUUGAUAGAUGCCUCCGAGAAUUCAGAGGUCAAAAUGUUUUUGCAAAAGAGCCUGAAAAAAGAUCCUAAUGCAAGAAAUGAAAUGAAUGGAACAUCGGAUGAUACUGACUCCGUUAAGAGUCACCAAAAACCAAAGAAAUUAAAUAAAAGUACACAUGAUAUGUUGGCAGAGAUUUUCAAGAAAAUAGGAUCAAAGGAAAACACGAUUGAGGGAUUAAAUAACCUGUAUGACUUCAAGAAAAAGCAUCCGGAGGCAGACUUAGACCCCUUCCUGAAGAUGUCAUCUCAGUACUUCCAGAAUUAUAUUGAGCGAGGACUUAAAAAUAUUGAGCGAGAACGUGAGGGGAAAAUGCCUUCACAGACAGAAUCCAUGGGUUUUAGUGCCACAGACUACUCAAGAAAGACAGCACCUACCACAACAUCAGCAGAGGAGAUGGACAUAAAUUUCUACAUGGACAAAUUACGAUCACUGCGUGCAAAAUGUGGACUGGAGAACACAGAUCCUUCUAAACAAGAGAAUGUUGUGUCUAAGAAAGAGGACAAACCAGAAAAAUUUGCUUCAGAGGAAAAAGAUGAAAAUGUUGAGAUCUGUGUAAAGCCAGUGUUGUCAUCCUCUGAGAAUCGUGAAAAUAACCCAUCAGCAUCCAGUGUUAAUAACUCUGCCACCUCAGCCAAUGUGUCAGAACUUAAACUGAGACUAGAGCGUAUUAAAAAGCUAUCCAAAAGUUGAAAAUUGGGGAGUUCAAAACUGAAAGUGUUCUAAUAAUGAACUUACCGUGCUUUUGCUGUUUAUAAGUUCAUUGAUCAAUUGGAAAAAAUAGUCUGCCAGAGAUGGGACAGAGAAUGUUAUUUAUUUAGUAUAAAUGAUAUGGACAUGCCUUAGUAUGCUGGACAGAGUGCUUUAUUUUUGCCAAUGUUUAAGUAUUACAAAUGCAUGCCAUUCUUAUUCAUGUUGUAACUGUAGACUGUGAAAUGCAAAAAAACAUUGUUCUUUGAUAUUUAAUGCAGAAUAAUGCUCUGUGGUCCUAGCACAGUUGAGUUUGUGUGUAGAAGUGAACUGUUACUGCAGUUGAAUCUGUAUAAAGUGAUUACUGGCUGACUGUUCACAGACAUUACGGACUCUGUCCUUUGUGAUGUAGAGCAUUUUCUUGUUUUAAAGAUUAUGCAUAUGUCUUUUAAAAAUGUUUUAACCAUGUUCCAUAUAACAUGCAAUGUGUGAAUCAUUACAACAUUCUCAGGUUUUCAGUUAAUGACAGUAUGUAACAAAAAUAUUGUUCAAAGAAUGAAAUCCAUGAAUUUUUUGUGGAUGUUUCUUCACAUCCUGUCAUACACCGAUUUUCUUCCUAUAUCUGUUUCUUUUCUCCUACUUUCACUUUGUUAGUGCCCUGUCUGAUGCCCGUGAUUCUGCAUUGUGAGUGAUAAUGUGUUAGUGUUGUGUUUCAAUGUUGAUGCUUUGGUGUCUGAGAGAUAACAUUUUUUGAGAAUGUAAAAAAAUAAUAAAAAGAAAAUGGGUACCCAGUGAGGAAAUGUUCAAGUCAGAACAAAAAAUAAAUUGUGAAGUCAA